AUGCGGGGACCGGUGAUAAUGGGCGCAACCCCAUUUCAUCAUUCCAUCCUCAAAGUCCGGCUGCCAAAGCACUUUGACAAGCCAACGGACAUGAGGUACGACAGAACCCAAGACCCACAGGAGCACCUUACGGCCUUUGAGGCUAGGAUGAACCUGGAGGGAGUGGGAGACGAGGUGAGGUGCCGCGCUUUUCCAGUCACCCUCGCGGGACCUGCAAUACGGUGGUUUAACAGCCUCCCACAGGGCUCGGUGGCCAGGUUUUCGGAUAUAAGCCACGCCUUCUUAGCCCAAUUUACUACCAGAAUCGCAAAGGCAAAGCACCCGAUCAAUUUUCUCGGAGUGAUGCAGAGGUCCGGCGAACCGACCAAGAAAUAUCUAGACCGGUUCAACAAUGAGUGCUUGGAGAUCGACAGGCUGACUGAUUCGGUUGCUAGCCUAUGCCUGACGAAUGGACUUCUAAACGAAGACUUCAGAAAGCACCUCACCAUGAAGCCGAUGGAGACAAUUCAGGAGAUCCAAAGUGUAGUCAGGGAAUACAUUAAUGAUGAAGAAGUCAGCCAGAUCGUGGCUGCCAACAAACAGCAGCCCUCCUACAAUCAAACCCGGCAGCACAAAAAUGGAGAAAGACAAAAGGAACACGCCAGAGACGGCGGUCCGAGCAAAACACCCAGGCCGUUUCCUCGAGUCGGGAAGUUCACCAAUUCACCCCUCUCACCGUCCCCAUCAUAG